AUGACUUUUGAGAUCCAAUCCCCUUUUUCAUUUCAAUCUUCAUCUCCCAUUUCCCAAUCAUCAUCAUGCACACCACCUAAUGAUGAUAACACUAACCUAUUUUCACAACCUUUAGUGCAUGCACAAUUUGCAGUAUCACACAAAAGGAAAGGGGGGAGAAAGAAGUUCAAGGAAACUAGACACCCCAUUUAUAGGGGUGUCCGACAAAGGAAGGGAAAGUGGGUUUGUGAGCUUAGGGAACCCAAGAAGACCACUAGGAUUUGGUUAGGGACAUACCCUACACCUGAAAUGGCAGCUAGGGCACAUGAUGUGGGUGCCCUAGCCAUUAGGGGCGCCUCAGCGAUUCUAAACUUUCCAAACUCAGCUUCUCUUCUUCCACUCGUUAACUCCUCUUCACCUAAAGAAAUUCGAGCUGCUGCAGUAGAAGCUGCCGAGAGUUUCAGACCAAUCACCCCUUCUCAUCACCAGAAAACUAGUCGCAAAGCUAAGUGCAGAAGAGUUAAAAAGGUUCCACCAAUGGAGGAAAAGACGCAGGAAACAGUUCUGGACUCGUCCAUGAAUAGCAUGCACGAUUUGGAUCGUGAAAAUUGUGAUUUUAUCAACAGUGGCUCGGAGAAAAACAUUUCUGAUUUGUCUUCAACUGUGUUCUUCGACGAGGAGGCAUUGUUUAACAUGCCGAGUCUCUUGGAUAGAAUGGCAGAGAGUUUAUGUCUUUUUCCACUUCCUUCAGUGGAUUAUUGGGACGAUCAAUCUUAUUUCACAUACUUCAAUUUAUGGACUGAUUGA